AAUAGUUUGCUCUAGCUCAACUUAUAGAUGAUAUUGAUUUUCGAAUAUUAACUUAUCUUGAACAACAAUUAAAACAACAGUACCCUGAUAUACGUGUUCGUCAAGCAAUUGCUUCGACUUUUGCUAAGUAUGUAUUUUGUAGAGAUAUUAACUAGGUAGCUUUUUUUCGAAUUUGAAUGAAUAAGUCGAUUUUAUUGAAUUAAGUUAGUUAUUAGCUACUUUUUGAUUUUAAGGUUUUAUUGAUCACAAUUCAUUUUUACCAUGUCAAUGGAUAUAUAAAAUUUAUCAUUCAUUACACGUUUAAGCAUCAACUCGAAUACAAAUUGUUUGUUAUUUUUGUCUUUUAUAUAGGUUGGAUGUUUAGAAGAUAUUUAUGUUCUUUCAAAUGUUUUAAGACCAACAACAAUUCGACCAAUUUUUUCAUAAUCAAUAUGAUCAACUUCGUUUAUUUAUAAUUUUUUUUAACAUCCCUUUAUAUGACAUGAUCUUAAUAGUUUAAUCUUUUCAAGAAAAGAGAAAAAAAAAGAUAUUUAUUAUGUUUUUUUUGAAUUCUUUCUUUUUAUUUGAAGAUUUAUCAAAUCUCAACAAAUGAACUAUUCUAUUACCAUUCUCGAAUUAUUGCAAAAAUAUGCACAAUCAUCAUUCUUUUGAACAGAAUAUAGUUGAUAUUUCAGUUUUCACAGAAGAAGAGAGUUCCAAAGUGUUAGAUUUGAAGAAUAUAUUUGAUCAUGUUUCAUCUGAACGAAUUCAUUUGUUUUUCUUUUUAAAGAGAAUAAUAAAGAUUCAUCAACAACAUCAAACACAGACAAAGUUUAAAAAGUUAAUCAUACACAAUUAUGUACUUUUGGAAAUUAUUCGAAUUAAUAUGUUCAUCAUAUCAAAUACAUAAAAGUUUAUUAAAUUCAUCAGAAAUGAUCAUUAUUGUCUAUGAAAUCAGUUUUAAGUCUUAUUUCUACACAAGAUUUAUCAAAAAAAUUUGGAAGAGAAACACUUAAUUAUUUUAAAUCAACAUUCAAUGUACACAAAAGGUAACUUCUUUUAAAUAGUAAAUAUUUAUUGUGAAGAAAAUUUCAAUUAUUAAUCUUUUUUAUUAAUCGGGUUAAGCUAAAACCUUUAAGAUGUUGUAUUGUGUCUGAAAUUUGUCUAUGGAUAAAACUUUAGAUGGAAAUCUUAUAAUGAAGGUUUCUGAAAGUGUCUUUCCUAGAGAAGGAAAAUUUCAAUAUAAGAAUGUCAUAGUAAUAAAAAAACUGAUUUUCCGAAAAUUGAUGACCUUAACGAGAGUAGUUUUGUUGUGAAAGUGUCAGAUCUUUUGAUUCGGUUCUAUCUUGAAAUUCGAAUAUUAAAUCAUCUAGUUUACGUCAGUGAUCUGCAAGACACGCUAUCAAUUCGAAAUUUGAAAAUCAUUUUUUUCUGUUAACACAACAUUCAUUUAAAAAUAUUCUUUUAAUUUAGUUUUUAUUAAAUCUUCAAAUAUUUCCUCACAAGUAUCAUUAAAUAAUUCUUUAACUUAUAUUCAUACAAUAAGUAUUCGACAAUCGAUAAUUUAUUUUAUUUGGUUCAUGUUAUGCAUCAAGUAUAAAUAGUGCAAUACGAGAGUAAAAUAAACAAAAAAAAAACGAAUUUGAUUUAUUCUGUCUGUUUUUUUGUUUUCUAUUUUAUAGUUUUUAUUGAACUAAAAAAUUGGUCUUAAAAAAUAUAUUAAUAUACAAAUGAAAGUGAUUUUCAAGCUGCUGUACUCGAUUUACUUGUUCAAUUACUUUUAAUUCGUGUUAAUUAUAGUUGAUUAGAAGCUGAUGAAAUUCGUUGUAUUUCUAAUCGUUUCGUUUAUUUUUAAAUAGCAUUUUAUUUACUGUAUUGCUGAAUUUCUUGUUAUGUUAUCACAUGAUACACUUCAUUCAAAACAAGUUAUUAAAAUACAAGAUUUAAUAAAACAUUAUGAUUCAUUAUUAGCAAGUGGACAUGAACCUGAAACACAUGGUAUUAUUAUUAAUAGUGUUCAAAUUGAAGAUGAUAAAUGGAAACGUCUUUCACGACAAAUUGUCGAUUUACUUCUUGCUCAUUUACAAUCUCAGAAUCAAUCACUUUUGGAUAUUUAUUCCACACAAUUAACACUAUUUGAUGUUGCUUUUCGAGCAUUAAAUGUCAACUGUCAAUCUACAAGUCGAUAA